AGUAGAGGUAGUACAUUUUGCUUGUAAUGUUGUACGGUGGUUUUCAGAAAACCUAGGCCUGCUGGGCUGUUAGCGUUAUUUUCUUCUCUAUCCUUGCUUCACCCUCAUCACCACUCCAGACCACCCCUUCAUCCCUACGUCAACCAAAACACUCAUCUCUUCCCUUCCUCCUCUUAUAUCAGACUCAAAAUUGACAUUAGGGUUUACUUAUCGAAGAUGGGGGACGACCAUAAGCUCGGAGAUCCAUUGAUAUGCUGGAAGCGAAGCUUAUCUAUAAACAAGAAACAUCCGGUACGGCAUUCAGAUGAAAUAGAUGGAGAAAGAAAGAGAUGGAGGGAGACGGCGUGAAGGACAAGGAGGCUGACCACCAUCGUUAGAGGGAGGCUUGGCGUUGGCAUCAUCACAUUCAGAUGAAAUAGAUGGAGAAAGAAAGAGAUGGAGGGAGACGGCGUGAAGGACAAGGAGGCUGACCACCAUCGUUAGAGGGAGGCUUGGCGUUGGCAUCAUCACCAUCCACACGCUGGUUGUAUUCCGGCGAACCUAGGGUUCUGCUGUGACUUCCGACGGUGGUGGAUAGGGUCAAAUCAACCACCAAAACCGGCGGCGACUAGGGUUUCGUGGUGUAAGGGGUUGCUGAUGAGAUUCAAAUCCCACUCAGGGAGAUUUUUGUUGAGUAUCUUGAGAGAAAUGCGAUAAAUAUUUCGGGUGGUGUUUUAAGUGGAGUCCAACGCAGAGCUUCGUAGAAACUCAACGCUAAAAGCACCAAGAAGAUUGUGCUGAGGUUGCAAGCAUGUGUCCCGGCAUCCAAUUAAGGUUAGCUUUGAAUCUCUUUUGAUGUUUUUUUAUUUACUUUUGUUGUUGUUACUGUUGCUUUUUUUAUGUUUUGUGCAUAGAUGCAAACAUUUUGACAUUGGUGGAGACAAAGGCCAAUGGAACUAAACAAAAAAGAUGCAAACAUUUUGGCAUUGGUGCAGAGAUGCAAACUUUUUGACAUUUGUAUACGUCGUAUGUGUUAAUUCGUCGAAUAACUUGAUUGAUUAGGAAAAUGUAUUUUGCGCAACUUAUGUAACUAACAUGCUUGGUGUUAACAUCCUAAGUUGCGACCAUAAUACAUAUACAAAUCUAGGCAUAAACUCUUGGUUUAACGGAAAUAUAAAUCUAGCCCCCGCCGCAUCGCGGCAGGUUACUUUUCUAGUUGAGUUCUAUUUGGUAGGGGUUCAUUUUCCCAGACAACUAUAGCAUUAAAUGAUUAUUUAUUUUUCUGAUCACUUGCUUCAGAACCAAGCAACUGUAUUCAUGAACAGAAAAUAAUCAAAAGCAAUAAAAUGCUCAGAAAAUAAUUAUAAUCAUGAGCAAAAAGUGGUGAAAUUACAAGUUUAACUAGUAUUAAGGGGUCCCGCGUUACGGCGGAGGCAUAGACCGUGCCAAGUAGCAUUAAUGCUACACAACUACAAGCGACCAACAACACCGGAAAAGUUCAUAAAAACAAAAUAAAUAAAAAGGAAAAAAUAAUACCGAACGAAAAGCAUACGUAAAAUCGUUGAACCACGUAUGCCAGUUGCGACAUGUUAAUACGAAGAAAUUAGACUGAAAUGUAAAAAUAGAAAAGAGUAACUAAGUCGAUCUAAGACAACGCGCGUUGCGACGAACCUGUCAAACAUGGAAAAUAAACGCAUUGUGACGGUCUUGUCAAAUGGGAAAAAAAUAGUCAAAAAAAACUUUUAAACCCACAUGUACGUUACAACGUGUUUACUCGCAAAAUUAGAACGAACCGUAAAACAAAAAAAUUGCAAAAAAUGAAAAAUACUUGGAUUAAAGUUGAAAAUAAACAUUUGUUUGUGUUGUAUGAAAAAGUAUCGAUAAAGCAUCAAUCACUUUGUACCAAAUCUCUUAAAGUACAGGGGUCCUUUUCGUAAGUACAAACAACAUUAAGGGGUCAUAAUAAAACUUUCAUUUUCUUCAAAAUCGUUAAUCAAACAAACAACGUCUUUCACAAAACAGAAAUCAAAAUUUUCACAUUUCAAACAAUCGAUCGUCUCAUUGUAGCAAAAUGAGCUUAAAAGGUGACCGGAUCACCGAUUACCGGUCGGAAUCUUCAUCUAUGACGGCGGAGGAGCUCGUGUUGAAGCUCCGAUCAUCGUUUUUUCCACUGGAGUUUCAGUACGUUGCGAAAACGUUAAACGAUCGUGAAGAACAGUUGAAACAGAUGAAUGUUGAAUUGAAAACGAAGGCUGAAGAGGAGAAAUGUGUGCUGGUGAUGGAGAAUGUUAAGUUAAAGGAUGAGAUUCAUGCGAUUAAGAAGGUGAAUGGUGAGAAUGAAGUGAAAUUUAGGGUUUUAAAGUGUGAAUUGGAGAAGACACAGAGUGAUUUUGGUGAGAAUGAGGAGAAAAUUAGGGUUUUAGAUGAUGAGUUGAAGAUGAAACAGGAUGAGUUGGAGGUGAUGAAGACGGUGAAUUGUGAGUAUGAGGGGAAAAUUAGGGUUUUAGGUGAUGAGUUGGAGAAGAAACAAAGCGAGAUUGAAGCAGUGAGAAAGGCGAACGGUGAGUAUGAUAUAUUAUUUAGGGGUUUAAAUGAUGAGUUAAAAAAGCAACUAAAUGAGAUUGAUGCAGUGAUGAAGGUGAAUGGUGAGUAUGAGAAGAAAUUUAGGGUUUUAGACGAUGAUUUGAAGAAGAAAGAGAAUGAGAUUGAGGCGAUGAGGAAGGUGAAUGAUGAGUAUGAGGGAAAAAUUGAGGGUUUAAGUGAUGAGUUGAAGAAGAAACAAAAUGAGUUGGAUGCGAUGAGUAAGGCGAAUGUUGAGUAUGAGAGGAAGUUUACGGGUUUAAAUAGUGAGUUAAAGAAGAUGAAAAACAAGUUUGAUGCGAUAAGGAAGACGAAUGACGGGUAUGUGAUGAAAUUUAGGGGUUUAAAUGAUGAAGUGAAGAAGCACCAAAACGAGAUUGAUGCAACGAGGAAGACAAAUAAUGAGUAUGAGAUAAAAUUCAAGGGUCUAAAUGAUGAGCUGAAGAAGAAACAAGAUGAGAUUGAUGUGAUGAGGAAGGCGAAGAAUGAGUAUGAAGGAAAAUUUAACGGUUUGAAUGAUAAGUUGAAGAAGCAACAAAACGAGAUUGACGCGAUGAAGAAGGUGAUCGAUGAGUACAAGAGCAAAUGUAGGGUUAAUGAGAAGCGGCCUUUGGAAUUUGAUGCUUUGGUUUUCGGUUCAGAGAAAAUUGCUAAGAAAUCGAUGGCUUCAAGGAACAAACAAAAAGACCGUGCUGUACCCAAGUGGCAUGAGAUUAUUCAGAUUGAUGACGAUGACGACGACGAUCUAAAGUUUUUCUCAGCAAAUAAAAGAAGACGGGUUUCUGAUGAAACCAAAACCAAGCCGACGUUCUCAUCGCUGCUUUUUAACAAAUGCCGAAAUAAAAGUGACUCUUUCCGCCCGAAUUUAAGAAGUCAGGAACAAAGGCCUGAUGAUUAGACAUGAAACACCGAAAUUGCUGUAAAUAAUUGUUUUUAACUAUUUUUUUUUAUUUUUUUUCGGUUUUUUCAUCAUCGUGAAGGUAGAUCUAACAAAUUAGUGCAGUGCGAUUAUGAAACCAGCUUAUGGUGAGUUGUAUCUAUCCGUAAAGCUUUAUAAGGUUGCUAUUAACUGAAUGUUUUAAUGACAAUAUAGUAGUUUCAUUUCAAUUUAUAAGAGCAUACUUCUUGUCA